AGCAGCAGCAGCAGCAGCAGGAGGAGCAGCAGGAGGAGCAGCAGGAGGAGCAGCAGGAGGAAGGAGCGGAUCAUGGGAAUAAAACCUGAUCAAGCAGCAGAGUUUAUUCAAGAAUCAGCCUGAAGCCUUCAGCGAUGAGGAGCAGCUCCUGAUUCUACCUUAGCUGCUUUGGGACGGUGUGUGUGUGUGUGUGUGUGUGUGUGUGUGUGUGUGUGUGUGUGUGUGUGUGUGUGUGUGUGUGUGUGUGUGUGUGUGUGUGUGUGACAGAGAGUCACCAUGCCGGAGCUGAUCUCUGUCACUGAGUUCAUAGCGGAGACUAAUGAGGACUACAAGGCUCCAACCACCUCCAGCUUCACCACCCGGAUGUCCCACUGCAGGAACACAGUGGCAGCUCUGGAGGAGGCUCUGGACGUGGACCGAUCAGUUCUGUAUAAGAUCAAGAAGUCGGUGAAGGCCAUCAACACGUCUGGUUUGGCUCACGUGGAGAACGAGGAGCAGUACGUCCAGUCGGUGGAGAAGUUCGGAGAUCACUGCGUCUGCAGGGAGGACGCCGAGGUCGGCUCCGCCUUCCUCAAGUUCUCCGUCUUCACCAAAGAGCUGACGGCGCUCUUCAAGAACCUGCUGCAGAACAUGAACAACAUCAUCACGUUUCCUCUGGACAGCCUGCUGAAGGGAGACCUGAAGGGAGUCAAAGGGGAUCUGAAGAAGCCGUUUGACAAGUCGUGGAAGGAUUACGAGACCAAACUGGCGAAGAUCGAGAAGGAGAAGCGAGAACACGCCAAGCAGCACGGGAUGAUCCGCACCGAGUUCAGCGGAGGAGAGAUCGCCGAGGAGAUGGAGAAGGAGAGGAGGCUGUUCCAGCUGCAGAUGUGUGAGUAUCUCCUCAAAGUCAACGAGAUCAAAGUGAAGAAAGGCGCCGACUUCCUGCAGAACCUCAUCAAGUAUUUUCACGCUCAGUGCAAUUUCUUCCAGGACGGGUUGAAAGCUGUGGAGAGCCUCAGACCGUCUGUAGAGAAACUGGCCAGCGACCUGACGGCGAUUAAGCAGUCUCAGGACGGGGAGAGGAAACAGCUGAUUCAGCUGCGUGACGUGCUGAAGGCGUCGCUGCAGUCGGAGCAGAAAGACGACGCUCAGGCCAAGCAGAGCGCCGGCUACAGCCUCCACCAGCUGCAGGGCAACAAGGCGCACGGCACCGAGCGCUCCGGGGUCCUCUACAAGAGGAGCGAGGGGCUGAGGAAGGUGUGGCAGAAGAGGAAAUGCUCCGUGAGGAACGGCUUCCUGACCAUCUGCCACGGCACGGCCAACAGACCUCCAGCUAAACUCAACCUGCUCACCUGUCAGGUGAAGAGGAACCCGGAGGAGAAGAAGAGCUUCGACCUGUUCUCACACGACAGGACGUAUCACUUCCAGGCCGAGGACGAAGCCGAGUGUCAGGUCUGGGUGUCGGUGCUGCAGAACAGUAAAGAAGAAGCUCUGAAUCAAGCGUUUAAAGGCGACCAGGACGAAGGAGAGAACAACAUCAUCCAGGAGCUGACCAGAGCCAUCGUAGGGGAGGUGAAGAGGAUGAGCGGCAACCACGCCUGCUGCGACUGUGGAGCCCCCAGUCCCACCUGGCUCUCCACCAACCUGGGGGUUCUGAUCUGCAUCGAGUGCUCGGGGAUCCACAGGGAGAUGGGGGUCCACUACUCCAGGAUCCAGAGUCUGGACCUGGACAUGCUGGGAACCUCCGAGCUGCUGCUGGCCAAGAACGUGGGAAACGCCAGCUUCAACGAGAUCAUGGAGGCAGAUCUGGUGGCGCAGAACGUCACCAAGCCAGACCCGAGCAGCGACAUGCAGAUGAGGAAGGAUUACAUCACGGCUAAGUACACGGAGAAGCGCUUCGCGCGGCGUCUCUGUGCGGACGGCGGCGCCCGGCUCCAGGUCCUGUACGAGGCGGUGAGGAGCAGAGACAUCCUGGCCCUCCUCCAGGUCUACGCAGAGGGGGCGGAGCUGAUGGAGGCCAGCCCCCAGCCCAACGAGCACGAGCCUGGAGAGACGGUGCUCCACCUGGCCGUCCGAAUGGUCGACAGGAACUCCCUGCACAUCGUCGACUUCCUCGCUCAGAACAGUGCUAACCUGGACAGGCAGACGGCCAGAGGCAGCACCGCGCUGCAUUACUGCUGUCUGACGGACAACAGCGAGUGUCUCAAGCUGCUGCUGAGAGGACGAGCCUCAGUGUCCAUCACCAACGAGGCGGGAGAGACGCCGCUGGACAUCGCCAAGCGUCUCCGCCACGCCCGCUGUGAGGAACAGCUGACUCAGGCUCAGACGGGGAAGUUUAACGUCCACGUCCACGUGGAGUACGAGUGGCGUCUGCAGAACGAGGACAUGGACGAGAGCGAGGACGAGAUGGAGGACAAGCCGAUCCCCAACCGGCGCGAGGAGCGCCCGGUCAGCUGCUUCGUGGCGGGCAGCGGCGCCCUGCAGCCCAACCUGGCGGCGCUGGCCCGGGACGCCGCCUGCCUGGCGCGGGACAAACAGAGGCCUCAGGUCCCCAGCAUGAUGAUCAGCAACGAGACCUACGGCACCAUGCUGGACCUCAACCUGCCGCCGCCGGGACCCACCCCCCCACUGCCCCCCCGAGGACCCAACAGAGGACACGGUAAACCCGUUGCCAUGGAGACGGUGGGGAGACAGCGGUCGUCCUCCGACCCGCCGAACCCCCAGACCCCCGAGAGGAACUCGUCCAUGUACGUCCUCCCAGCAGCUGCUCCAGGAAACAAGAGGACCAGCAUGUUGGAGACCAAGACCCUGUCCGCCAGGAACACCCCGCUGCCCCCCCUGCCCCCCCCACCAGCAGCAGGCCUCCCCCCGGUCCCAGCACCUCCCACCAUCCCACCUCCUCCCCACUUCAAGGCUCCGCCCCUUCCGCCACCGGUCCCCCAUCACCAGAUUGGCAGGCCCCCAGGACCACCAGGACCCCCAGGACCACCAGGACCACCAGGACCCAAGUCCCCCACAUCCCCCAAGUCACCCAGCGGGUCUGUCAAGCGCCCCCCUCAGAGACCUGCAGUCAGGACCGGGUCCGACAGACGAGUCUCUGCAGGGUCUCAGGCCAGGUCCCCCCAGAGUCCCAGUCCUCCCACCCCCAAACCCAGAAGCGCCUUCUCCAAGCAGCGUCCCCAGCGUGUGAAGGCCAUCUAUAACUGUUCUGCUGAUCAUCCUGAUGAGUUGACGUUCAGCGAGGGCGAGGUCAUCGUCGUGGAGACGGAGGAGGACAACGAGUGGUGGGUGGGACACGUUGAAGGCGAGCCGAGUCGCCGCGGAGCGUUUCCUGUCACCUUCGUCCACUUCAUCACAGACUGACCCGCCCAGGAAGUGACAUCAGCAGGAAGAAAGAGAGAAAUGAACCAAUAAACGUAGAAAUACAAUCAAAAAAAUAUUAGGAACAAAUAACGGAAUGUCUGUAUUUACACAUUUAUUUUAUUAUUUAUUUAGGUUUUUCUCUAUUUGUUUAUUUCUACAUUUUUCACGCAUUUAUUUCAGUAUUUCCACAUUUUUAUUUAUUUAUGAAUGUGUUCAUUUAUUACGUUGUUCACUUCUACUCUCAUUUAUUAAUUUAUUUCCACAUUUAUUUAUUUAUUCAUAUCUGUGUGACUUUUGCAUUUGAACUCGCAGGAAUAAAUGAAGAAAUGUGGAAAUAAAUGUAGGAAUAAAUACAUAAAGAACUGAAAUAUAAAUAAAUAAAUAAAUUGUGGAAAUGUGAAAACAAAUGUGCAAACAAUGAAAUAAAAAAAUAAAAUUUAGGAAUAAAUGAAUUAAUGAGUAAAUACCCAAAUAAAUAAUUUAAAAAUACACGUAAAAAUGUAGAUUUUCCAUUAUUUUAUUAGCAUUUAUUUAUAUAUUUUUUUGAGUAUUUCUACAUUUAUUAGUUUAUUUCUUCUCUGUGAUUUGUUUUAAAAGGUGGAAACAUCAGCGAGAUUUAAUAUCUGAACGCUCCAAAGUAUUUUAUAGAAUAUAAAACUGAUAUUAGAUUAUAGAAUUAUUGGCUGAAGGGAAACUCUGAGAGGAAAUAUCUGAAUAAUAAACGUCCACUUUUGAUCUUAUUGUGCUUUUAUUAAACAGCUGAUCUCUGAUUUAAUGUUUAAUGUUUUUAUUUUCUCUUUAUUCAUUAUUUGACUUUAUUAUUUUUCUCUCCGUCUUGUUGUUUGUUUGUUUGUCUCCGGGCUGUAAAUAAAAAGUCUUCCAUCA